AUGGCUUUGAUCUUACGAUCAAUCUAUAGUGAAUAUAGGAAUUAUCUCGUGGAUAAAACAGAUGCCAGAAUUGUCGACCUUCCUCUUCUGCAGUCCUUUUGGACGGUGCCACUGAUAACGGCAGCCUACCUGUACUUUGUUCAGAGUCUAGGCCCAAGGCUUAUGGCGAAUCGAAAACCGAUCCAAAUGCGCGGCUUUCUCAUCAUCUACAAUCUGGUGCAGGUGGUGGCCAAUGCGACAGCGUUCUCGAUGGGCAUACGGUAUCUGUUUAGUUAUUCACACUCCUUUGUUUGUCAACCGCUGCAACUGGACACGAACCCUCAAGCGAUGACGAUCCUGCGGCUUGGAUAUUUCUACUUUUUGCUGAAGAUCCUCGACCUUGCGGACACCGUGUUCUUCGUGCUGCGCAAGAAGCAAUCCCACGUGUCGUUCCUGCACGUGUAUCACCACACGAUCAUGGCCCUUUCGUCGUCCUUCUUCAUGCGCUAUCUAGUCGGAGGGCACAGCUUUAUGCUGGGCCUGCUCAACACGCUCGUGCACACCGUCAUGUACUUUUACUUCUUUCUCACGAUCUACCGACCGGAAGUGACACGUGGUGCGUCCUGGAAGCGCUACAUCACCUUGCUGCAGAUGGCACAGUUCGGCUAUCUGGUAUUUCAUUUCUUCCGUCCCAUUCUGCUCGACAUCGAUUGCGGCUAUCCACGUGCGGUGUUGUGGUUCGUGGGAAUGCAGAACGUUUUUAUGCUGCUGAUGUUCAGCGAUUUCUACUGGCGUACGUACAUAAGAAGACCGAGGUAUCACAACAAAUGA